UGACGCCACUAUCAUUUGCGUGUUCCCUUUUGCAACAUGUUUUUCUCACACUUAUCCCAAAGCAGACACGCUGCUACGCUACACGCACGGAUCUAGACACAGGGGGCACGAGAUAAGCACCGAUAAACAUUUAUUAGCCUGCAACCAGACUGGUGUCGUUUCGCUUGGAACCAAAUCGCAGCUAUCAGAGCGUCAAUGUUACCAGCUCGGUGGCUCAUUAAAGCACACGCCCAAGCCAUACUCUUCGAUUGUUUAUUACACGGCUGUCGCUGCGUUUCUUGCUCUCACGUUAGCGCGCCACAUGCUUGCCCCUAGCACCCUCGACGCACGCUGGACUGGGAUUAAAGUAGGCGGAGAAAACGUGCGCUUCCAGAGCUCGUCUUUGCUCUAGGGCGCGUUCUAUUGGUCAGGAUUAUCACGUGAUCCCACAGGAAGCGGGAGUUCGGCGGUUCGCUGGCAACUGGGCCCUUUCGCUGUAACGUAGAGAGGAGGGUGGCGGGGGAGAUGUCCCUACGCACAACGAUGACUCUGAGCUGGUGCAAGCAAACUCCUAUGAGCAGUAAGAGGCGUAUAGUGCACGUGUACAGUGGUAUCGCGGAUCUCUCUGAAGAUUGCAGUAGCCUCCCGUUCGCUAGUUCUCACUAUCAUAAACAAUGCAGUUAGCCACGUGAUGCCGUGUGCUCAGAGCCUCUGCGUGUUAGGAGGAGUUGAGUGGAAUCAGUAGACUGGGGCCCCAAUGUUUUGGAUGAAGUUGUCGUAGCAGCUUAUUAGUUUGAAUUCAAGGAGCCAUCUUCGCAUUUAACCAUCAUGGAGAAUCCCCCAAACUCUUUUCCCAGGGAAGAAUGUGGCAGUAAGUCAAUAACAACACCAGCUUAUUUUGUCAUUCUUCAGCAGUCACAAGGCAACGGCAAAAAAGAGGAAGGAAUUGUUGUAGCCAACCGUGAUGUUUCUUCUGUUGCUCCAGUCAUGUCGUCAGGACAUGACAAAUCAAAAUCUAAAACGUUCCUUUCGGCUGAGUGCAAAUCGGGAAAUAUUACAUUAACCCUUGAUAACAAUAAUAUGUGGAAUGAAUUUUACCGCUGCAGCACAGAAAUGGUUUUAACAAAACAAGGCAGACGGAUGUUUCCCUACUGCCGCUACUGGAUAUCUGGCUUGGACCCAUAUCAGAAAUAUAUACUUGUCAUGGACAUCAGCCCUAUGGACAACCAUCGAUACAAGUGGAAUGGAAAGUGGUGGGAGGCAGGUGGAAAAUCUGAGCCACAUGUCCUAGGCAGGGUUUUCAUCCACCCUGAAUCGCCGUCUACUGGACAGUUUUGGAUGCACCAACCGGUUUCUUUUUAUAAACUCAAGCUAACCAAUAAUAUUUUGGAUCAAGAAGGUCACAUCAUUUUACACUCCAUGCACCGAUAUCUUCCACGCUUACAUUUAGUACCCGCCAACCAGUCCACUGAAGUAAUCCAACUUAAUGGACCAGAUGUCCACACGUUUACUUUUCCUCAGACUGAAUUUAUAGCUGUUACAGCAUACCAAAACUUUCAGAUUACCCAGCUUAAAAUUGACUGCAACCCUUUUGCCAAGGGAUUUAGGGAAGGGGCUAUUACAGGAAAACCAGUAAAAGAGGCAAAAUCAAAGAACUCUGAUCAAGAAAAUGAUUCUCAAGGACAUAAAAGCUAUAAUGAUUCUGAGACUCUAAGGAGGUUGAGAGAGCUAUUCAGGGCUCCGGAAAACUCAGAUGGGGACACUGAACCUGAAGCAUUAAAUGCUGAGAAUGCUUUCCUCAAUUUUAAACAUUCACGCUUGUCAAAUCCAGAUACUCCAAACAUAGAAUCAGAUGGCUUAGACAGUCCUGCCCAAACUGGUUUUGGCAGCAGUCCAUCUGUACUCUCUUCUUUGGAUCCCAAAGGAGAAACUAAUAUUGUAAUCAAAGAAGAACCUGUUGAUGACUAUGACUAUAGUCAGGAGCAACCCACAGGGGCCAUAAAUGUGAAACAAGAAUCAGAAGAGGAAGAAACAGAUGAGUAUUCAAACAGUGAUGAUGAAUACCCCAUACUAGAGAGGCAUUUCUCACAGUUCAGGAAACAACCACACAGUGAGAGAAAACGUUCUGCAAGUAGUCCUACUGGAGUUGCUAAAGCAAAAAUGUUAAAACUCAAUAGUGAGAAAAUGCCUGUGGUCUACCUGGAGUCAUGCUCUAUAGCUAAAAGCUCUCUAGCUGUCUCCACCUUGGAAAAGACCAUACCUCGGGAGAAAUUGCAAAGAUUGCUGGCAGAAUGUAGACCACCUCCUGAGAGAGAGCUCUGUACUAGCAAGCAUAUUACCACAGAAGCAAAUAAAAGAAACUCAAAUAAAGGAAAUGACCAAAACCUAAGUAAAAACAAAGCAGACACUCGGCAAAUUACUGUAAGCAGUUCUCAAGUACUAAACAUUGGGUCUAAGAAACCUCCCAUUGUUCUUCCCAAGUCUGCACUAAUUCAUACUACUGGGUUAAAAUAUAACUUGUUACCACCAGUGAAAAAUAAACGAGGCAGGCCUCGUAAGCAAAAACAUGAUGAGGCAGAACAGAUACUCCCAGAUGUUAAUCCAGACCUGGAAGAUGUGGAUGGUGUCCUGUUUGUAGCAUUUUCCUCAAAAGAAGCACUAGAUGUUCAUACAGAGGGUAAGCCAAAGACAGAUCUGUCGUCCAGUUUUUUAGCACUACCAGCGAGUGGAGAUAAAGCUACCAUAAACAAAAUUAGAGAACUUGAAAAGCAUCUUGUGGAAGAUCUUCAAACAAUGAAAUACAACCAAGUCAUUCACCCUGCACUACAGCAAGUGGGACUGAAACUGAACAUUGUAGACCCUACGAUGAGCAUUGAUCUGCGUUACUUAGGAGUACAGCUUCCUUUACCAUACAUCACGAGAAAUGUAACAUGGGACAGCUAUGAAUCAUGUGCUCAAGCUUCUAGAUCUCUGUUUGUCUCCAGAACUGGCAAAACAACUGAUUACACAAAGAUAAAAGGCUGGAAAGAUAAAUUCUCAACAAGUUCCAUGCCAUCCUCCUCUGACAAUCACAUUUCAAAACCAUUGAUCAGUGGUAAGAGUUCUGAAAGCUCUCUUAAGAAUCGCUCUGCUUUCUGUAGUGAUGAAUUAGAUGAAUAUCUUGAGAAUGAGGCCAGACUCAUGGAAACUUCUGGUGGCAUUACACAAAAUGAGAGAGAGCCACCAGUUAUUAGCUGGCUUCCAGCUGAAAGUACCAGUUCUGUAAAGAACAUAGAUACUUUGCUACAAAGGCAAAUUUCCGAGCCAUCAUUUUCCUCAAAUGCAUCAAAAACACACGCAAAAAGAAAACGAACCAAGAUGCCAGGCAAGGCUUCAACGCCAAAAACAAAAGCAAAACAAUCCAUGGAGUCUGAGAAUAUAAAGGGCAAUCCUGUUGCUUCUGAAACAGGUGUGACCUCUAUUAAGCAUCUUUUGGAAUCUGAUAAGGUUAUUCCAGGGAUACCCAGUCUUGUACCAUCCAUAGAAGAGACCUUGUUGCCCAGUAUACGCCAAGUCCAGCUACCAAAUCAGCAACCUCCGUUACGUUCUUAUGGAUUUUCCAAAGCACAUAUGAAACUUUUGGAUAUGGAGGAGAGUACCCUCUGGAAAGGGAAACCACGCACUUACAUUACAGAGGAGCGUGCAGAUAUCGGUUUGGUUGUCCUCCUUACUGCACAGGCUUCACUUAAAAACAAACAGAUUCACAAAGUUAUUCGGAAACAGCCUGCUCCAUGCAACAAACUAUUUUGCCGGCUGGGUUGUGUGUGCCAGAGUCUUAAUCAUAAAGAGCACAGUUUUGCUCACUGCCGCCGGGCUGACUGCAUGCUUGAUUGUUCUUGCAUACAGAAAAAACAACUUCCAGAAAGGGAUGAGAUGCAGAUCAAGGUCUCAAUGGCAUGCACAGAACAGCUUGAGGAAAAAGAGGGGAUGGAUGAAAAAGGCUUAACAGAGUGCAUGGAACAGCCUCUGGAAAAAUUUGGAAUGGAUAUCAAAAGCUCAGCACAGUGCUCAAAACAACUUGUGGAAAAGGAUAUUUCCAGUAUCAGAAACUCAGCAGAGUGCAUGGAACAGCUUUCGGAAAAGGAUGGAAUAGACAUAGACCUAAACAUAUUAGCAGACUGCGUGGAUCAAACAGCCAAUCAAGAGAACCCUUACUCCCCUCCAGCAAGGGAUUCUGAAGCGUCCGUAGAGUAUAAGGAACAAGUCAAAACUGUUAAAACUCAAAGCAGCUCUGCAGGGAGCAGUCAGUGGUAUAGUCAUCCUUUGUGUCUAGAACAGUUCCCAAUUUGGAAGAGAGGGGAAGAGGAAGCAGAUUCUGAGCCAAUAUGUAUUCCAAAGCAGUCUGAGUUGGAGGAAUGCAAAGUCAGAAUGCCACAAACUGAACUGCAGCACUCAGAGAAACACACAUCCCCUGUUACAAGUAAAAAUGAUGUAGGAUCUUCACAACCUGUGACCCACAAAGAUGAACCAGUCUACGUGCUUUUCGAUAGCUUGAUGACAUGUGCUCGAGUACGAAUCUAUGAACGUAAGCCUCCAGAAGAAAAGGCAAAGCUGGAACUGUGCAAUUGUGAAUCACCUGAUGCUAAUGAAAUGGAUCACAGUUAUAAACGGUCUAAGAGUGACGAUAACUAUAAAACAAACGACAUAAUAGAUUACAUUGAUAAAAAUACCCAUAACUCAGAGUGUUUUGCUCCCACCAAGCUCAUUGAGAUUAUAUCGGACUGCAGCUGGGAGGAGGAUCGCAGUAAGAUUCUUAACAUUGUCUCUCAGCAUAUGAACAAAAGUGAUUCUCAGUCAUUCAAGGUUGGUAGCUUUAACAUUGAACUGACUUCAGAAAAUAAAGAUGGAGACAAUGCUACAACCUCGACGUAUUCUUCAAGAGUAAAAAUAUCAAUGGUCCCAGGCCAGAUGAAAGAAAGAGAUUCAGAAAAGUCAGUGAAGUGGAAGACUGAAAGUAUAAAGCUUCCUGAAUGUAAACUACCAGAGCCCAAUGUCGAGGCUGAACAGCUACAGAAAUCUCAUGGAGGAAAAGGUUUGCCUUUCUACACGAAGAUCAUUCCAGCUGGAAAGCUAGUUGCCCAGCUUAAAAAUCCAAAUGAACGUGAAUCAGAACUCGUUCAAGUAAAUGGAAAAUAUUAUCCUCAAGCUAAAGUUCUUUUGGGACAAAUGGGAGCACUUCAUCCAGCUAAUCGGCUUGCAGCUUACAUUACUCACAGGCUGCGACCAGGCCUCUUCAACCUUUCCAAACUUAAUGAAGUAAAAAUCAAUGCCCAAUCAAAAGAUGAAAAAACAGCCUCCAGUAGUGUUGAAGGGAAAUUUAAGGAAAACCCAUCAGCAACUCUGAAUGUUAAACCUUCUAUAACAAAAAACAUUGUUCCACAGCCGGCCCUCAGUAACACAUUGACUCAGUUAGUUUUGAAUGAGGUUGGAACGCUGCACCAGAAAACUACAGAAAUAACCGCACUUGGGGCACAGAAGAUUGCCCAGGAGACUUCACCAUCACUGCUAGUUGUUACAUCUGUGGCUUCAGGAAAACAAGCUCCAGCAUUAUGCAGUAAUCCUUCUGCAGUUAGUUUAACCAAUCUGGCUGGCAUAGGCACCAUAUCACCAUCACAAGAUAAAGCCUUACCGUCGAUGCCAGCUCUUAUAAGUAUUACUAAACUAUUACCAAAGGAGACUCCUGUGUCUGCUCCCCCAGGGCUAGUACUAGCUGCCUCAGGUGUUAAUACUCAGCCUGCAAGUGUAACAGCCUUUAGCAAACCCCAAGAGCCACUUGCACCACUUCCAUCUUUAAUUGCCUCACCAUUAGUUAAAACUUUACCCUCAUCUUCUUUGACUACAUCCACAGUUAGUAUCUCUGUGCCUUCUACAAGCAUUGUUUCUCAACUGGCACCAAAACUGGCACCUGCAUCCACUGUGAGGACUCUUGGAUCAAGCCCUUCCCUGGCUGGUACUAAUGCUAUGCCUACACUGACUCUAAAACCAGCUAUAUCCCAGGCCACUAGUCAAGUUCCAAGAACAUCAGUUUUGCCUGCUGGGAUAGAAAACCGACUGGGACCUCGACUGCUCCUUAUUCCAGUACAAUCUGGCUCUACACCUGUCCGUCCUGUGCAGCCAAUACCACAAACACCAGGGCAGAAGAUGAUUCUGCAGCCUAUCCGGAGUCCUGGAAAGCUUAAUUUAUUUAGACAUCCUAAUGGACAGAUUAUCCAACUUGUCCCUUUGCAACAAGUUCGUUCCACCAAUGUCCAGCCAAGCAAUCAGCCACUUGUUGUCCGUAAAAAGUCUGAUACGAUUCCGCCCAUCUCAGCAGUUUGUCUCUCUACAUGCACAAGUGCUGUCACGGGUGUCCGUCUUCAGACUAAAAGUGAAACAUUUGCUACUGCACCAACUCCCACUGUAUCGGCAUCAUUGCCUUCUGUCUCUGUUUCGACUGGCUCUCUGGGGUCUCUUUCAAAGAUCUGCUCGGUUACAACUGCAGUCUCAGUUGCUUCUGCAGGACCACCCUUUUUGUCACAGCUUGGCACACUAAAACUAAGAAUUGUCCCACCAAUAUCUAGUGAUGCUGAAAAUCAGUCUAAUUCUAAAGUAAUAACUUGUGCCUCUGAAGGACAAUCUGUAAGCUCUACUAAUGUUUUGCCUCUUCAGUCCGGAAGCUUUUCUUUAUUAAAAUUGCCUUCUCAGACAGCUGAAUCCAGUCCAGUCUCUGACAUUACUAUAUCCCAAGCAAGUAACACUGUUAUAAAUACAGAUAGUAAAUCCUCAAUGCCUCCUGAAAUUCAAGGGGAUCAGAAGUUGGUUGAUGAUACUGUACUGGGUUCUUUGGAUUGCACAACGUGUGACAACAGUGAUCCAGGCUUUAGUAAACCUGAUGUUACAGGCAGUGAAGUUUCUAGGAAAGGCAAUAUGUCUGAUGAAACCAGCACAUCUCUACAGCAAAAUGGCAUCGCUGAACCUGUAGAAAAAAUAUCUGAAGAGGAAGAUUCUUCUGAAGACAAGCAGCAUAGUACUGAAGUAAACGACAAAAGCAAAACAGACAAGCAACGAGGUUUUAACGAACACGACCAAAGCAAAGAAGACCGGCAACAUAGUAUUGAAGAAAAUGACAAAAACAAAGAAGGAAAGCAGCAUGUUAUUGAAGAACAUGACAAAAGCAUAGAUGACAAGCAACAUGGUACUGAAAAACUUGACAAAAGCAAAGAAGUCAAGCAACAUAGUACUGAAGAACCUGACAGAGGCAAAGAAGUCAAGCAACAUGAGAUUGAAGAACUUGACAAAAGCAAAGAAGACAAACAACAUGUUAUUGAAGAACAUGGUCAAAACAUAGAGGACAAGCAACAUAGUAUUGAAGAGCACAAUCAGAACAUAGAAGACAAGCAAUGUGGUACUGAACAACAGGACAAAAGCAAAGAAGACAAUCAACAUGGUAUUGAAGAAUAUGACAUAUGCAAAGAAAACAAGCCUCAUCCUAUUGAAGACCUUGACAAUAGAAAAGACAAGCAACAUAGCAUUGGAGGACAUGACAAAAGUGAAGAAGACAAGCAGCAUGACAUUGAAGAACAAGAAAAAAACAAGGACCCAACAGUUGAUUCAGGAUUCCCAAAACCUGCAGAUGAGAUACAGCUGGAAAAAUCUGAAACACUUACACAGGACCCUGUAGAAAAUCUGUCACAAUGUUACACAGACCAGAAGUCGUUAAGUGAACCUGAGCAGGAGGCAUCAGCAGCAUCUUUCUUGGAGGAAAACCCUGAAGAUUCAGACUCUAGUAUAUGCAAGGAAAUGUUUGAAUGCAUUACAAGGCCUGAUUCUGUUGACUCUGAGGACUCUAAGAAGGACACCCAGAGCAAUGCAAGUCUGGAUAAUGAAAAUAGUGAAAUAGACGAGGCAGUGGACAUAGAAACCGUGGAAGAGCUUUCUGAGAAAAUAAACAUAGCCCGUCUCAAGGCGUCAGCAAGCAACAAGUACUCCUCAGACAAGUGCAGUACCCACGCUGAGUAUUUGAAAGCUCGCAAGAAGUUGUCAAAGGAUGGGGAUAUGUUUAUGAGGGAGAUGGAAGAAGAUCCUAAUGAGUUUCAUCGACGUACCCACACUGCAAAUGAACGGAGGCGAAGAAAUGAGAUGAGAGACCUGUUUGAGGAGCUGAAAAAUGCACUUGGGCUGCACAAUCUUCCAAAGGUUUCAAAGAGCUAUAUCCUUAAACAGGCUAUAGAGGAAAUUGAAGGUCUGACAGACUUGGCAGAUACGCUAAUUCGGAAGAAAACCCUUCUGUCUCAGAGACAAAAUCAUUUGCUCAAAAAAGUGUCAAAUCUCUCAGGAAAAACAAAAGAUGUCAUUUUGAAAAAGCUGGAAUAUAUCUAUGCCAAACAGAAAGCUAUGGAAGCAGAAAGGAAGAAAAAGAAUUUGGAGGAGGAUAUUGCCCUGCAUAAAGCAUCCAUGAUAAAUGCCCCACUUCAGAAGAACAUGUCUUUGCCACCCAUGGGAAAUGAGGAGGCAGUUUCUGUACAACUUAGUGGAAAGUCAAAGAAGCCUAUAAUUCUUGCAAAAAAAACAGCACAGGCUUCCAUUGAAAGUAAAUCCCCACAGCAGAUCUCCAUAACAGCAUCAAACUUGUUAAUGACACCUCAAGGACAACUGGUGACGCUAAAGAAUCCUGUAGUGCCGGGUCAUGUGGCUGCUGUACAAUCGACAGUCAUUCAGGCAGAAAUGAGCCCCCAGGUUGCUGGAGCAGUUCAGCAAGGUAUAGCUUCUGUGGUGAUUCAGCUUCCUGGGACAAUACAAGUGAAAGGGCUUCUUGGUAAUGCAUCUAUACCCAUCACUCUAGCUGCUGUGCCUAAUACUAGCAUUGCUGGUGUCCCACCACCUACCACAGAAGCAGAAAGGGAUGAUUUAUCCAUGAUGCCAAAGAUUGUGAAUGUAACAUCCUUAGCUCAUGAAUCUUCAGUGGAUUUAGAUGGAAGUGUAGGAUUGAAUGUAUCCCUUACAGAUGUCUGCAAGAAUGAUUCAGAGUGCCCUCUAACAAUCGAGUCUUCAGACUGUGGGGCCACAUCAGUACAAGGAGACACUACUACAGAUCCCGUUCAAAAAGUCUCCAGUGCUAAUCCAGCUGCUCCAACACAACCCGAUCACUUAAGUGAGGCAGAAGAUGGAAUUUCGCAGUUAACAAAUCAUGUAUCAGACUGCAUAGAGUCUAGUCUAAUAGAACAUAUCACACAGGAGCAAUUUAGCCAGAACAAGGAAGAGAUGUCUGUGGAGCAAAAGUUGUUCAGUGUAAAGGACUCCACGUGUAAGGCGAAUAAAAGCAAUUAUGAACAUAGCGUUGAACUGGAAAGCAACAAAGUUGCUUCCGGUAUUGACGAUCCGGAUCUAGAAACCAGUGAGUUAAUAGAUGUCAUUGGGGAUCAUGAAGACACCGACGAAACAAUUACUUCCCUACUUAAUGAGCUUGCGUUUCUCAAUCAGCAGUUAAACACUGAUGAUUUAGAUUCAGGCUCAGACUUUCCAGGGUCAGAAACCGCUUCACGCGGUAGUGCUAGCAAAUUUACCGAAGGUGACUCCUCUCCCUUUUCAUUUGGUAGACUAAAGGAGUUAUCUGAAAUGAAAGAGAAAAAUGUCUCCCUCAGUCCUCUCUUCCUGCAGCUGGAAGAGGGAGAAAUCCAAGAGGGCGCUAAACAAAACGAGGAGCCUGAAAUGGUGCCAUUUCUUGGAAGCUCAAGCAAAGAAUCCUUGUCUCCUGCUGAUGGGAAGACUUGCAGUGUCCCCGACCCUUCUGUCAGCAUGCCAUCUACUGAAAUGUCUGCCAAGCAAGAAACACUGUGGAGACCAAUGCCUAAGCUGGCACCCCUUGGACUUAAAGCUGCUGCUAUAUCUGCUGACCAAAAGGCACAUGGCAGUAGAUCAAUGCCGACACUGGCACCUGUGAACAUGAGAUUAAAUCCACCAAAAUCUUCAGAAGAACAAAGUAAGACGUAGUUUGAGAGCAGCCUGACUAUGAACCUGAGUGCUAAGGAUUAAGUGUGGUGCCACUUGAUGAUCUAGUUCCAAAUGGAAAAAAACUUCACAGUUGGUAUGUUUGUUCUUCAGACUUCUCUUGGAUGGGCACUUGGUGGAACAGUUGCUUUAUUUGAAUAAGCUAUUUCCACAAGCUAUUUCCACAUUUCACAUUUUUCUUCAAUCUGUCACUUCAAGUAAGUAAUCAAAGUAAAGUCAACUGUUCUGUUACACCCUAGUUUGUCUCCAAAUGUCCACGUUUUUCCUAUCUGCACUUUACAAAACAAAAUGACCACCUCACCCAGCUGCCUAUAGUGUUCAGAUGAUUUUGGUAUAGGCUAAGGAAUCCACACGCAUUCUUUAGCCAUUCAAUUUGUUGUAUUGCUUUGAACUAUUUGCCAGAUCUGUACAUAAAUGUAAAUUACACUUUUUUUUUGUAUGUGCUUAAAGAAAUUAGCACCUUGUCGAAUCAGAUGUAAAUGUAAUUUUCAUACCCAAAUUGUAAAUAUGAAAUAUAUGCAUCAUGGUGCGCAGAGGUAGUUUUCUCAGGUGCUUUUAAAAGGGCACACAAGGUUGGUUUUUUAUAGGGCUUAGGAAACCACAGUUGUAAGUUAUAUAUAAGUAUAUAUGCAAAAUAAAAUUCUGUAGUC